CAAACGUCAGAAUGAAAGCUGUUACAGUGUGAUGUUCUUUUUAUUUGGAAAAUGUCAAAUCCGUGUGAACUAUUUAAAGCUUUAUGCAAAAAGUACAAUAUUGAAGUGCAGGACAACGUUUGUCAAGCGCUUUCGCAAUGAACAGAAAUUAUGCCGUAUUAUUUUGGUUAUGAACAUGGAUCUCGUGGUUCCAGAGGAUGGGAAACUCGACCUUGAGGCUACACUCUUAUGAAAUAGAUGGCGACAUAGUCACUUCAGUAACUAUAUGGGAUAAUAACUGCCAUCUAUUGGCUGACUCUGAUAUACGUCUUACUAGUGUACGAAUAUCAUAUCACUCCAUCAUCCGAGGCUAUCAGUGUAACCUCGAUAGCUGUGCAAAACUCACCGAGUCAGCAGCGCCGACGAGAGCGGGCCACCACUGCCCUACUGUUCAUGGUAUAUCCAGUUCAUCGUGAUUAUACUACAAUUUUCUCAGUAUACAGUGCUGACUAUGUCAAGGACUCCUACAUUAGAUUUAGCAAACCAGACCUUAGCGGUUGGUACAUGUGCUGUGUUGGGUAAAAUACUGCAAUCAACAACUUGUAUCAGAAAGGCCAGUUUUGAGGACUGCUUACUAGAAGAAGAUGGUAUAAAAUCCAUUCUUCUUGGACUGUGCGGUAACUCCUCUGUGAAGACUUUGUCUCUCAAGGGUAAUAGUAUACAGGGCAAUGGAACACAUGCUGUAUCGAAAAUGCUUCGCCAUAAUAGUACAAUAACAAGGCUGUCAUUGGAAUGGAACAAUCUUGGGCUUUGCACAGAGAGCUUUGCAGCUUUCUGUGAAUCUGCAGGAAACAACUCAGCUCUCCAGUACUUGGACCUCAGGAGCAAUCAGCUAGGAACUGAUGCUGCUGUUCACAUUGCCCAAGCUCUGGCAAAAAACAAUACCCUGACUGCUAUUGACAUUCGGUGGAACAGUCUUGGAAAAGCUGGAGGUAAAACUAUCCUGGAGAGCCUCCACCAUAACCGCAACCUGAAAAAAAUUGAUCUGGUUGGUAACAAUAUUCCAAAUGAUAUCAUAUCCUCCAUUGAGCAAGAGAUCGCCCAGAACAGCAGAGCAGCAGUUGUGACACAGAAGUACACGACCUGCACUGAAGUUUUAAAGCAACAGCUAGAGCACCAUGAACGCCAUUCCACUCAUGAAAUUGAACGUCUACAGGAAGCUUUAGCGGAGACAGAACUUAAGCUAAAUAAAACGAUUAAGCAAAGUUCGUUCCACACGGGGCAGCUAGAGGAGAGCCUGCAUUCGAAGAAGUUGGAAGUAGAGGCAGUGGAAUCGAAACUGUCACUGGUCACCUCGGCCCUUCAGCUUUGUCAGGAGAGGUUGGCAACCAUAGAGUCUAGGAACAAAACACUUGAGGAAGAGUUGCAGAGGCACCAGGAACUAACUCUGAAACAAAGUAACAGAGAUCGGGAGACAAUGGAGGCUAUGAAGACAGAGCAUAGUGAAAUAGAACGGACAAUGCAGAACACAAUUGCGAAGCUAGAAGCUCAGAUUGGAGAACUGGAAUUCCAAAAGAGCAACCAAAAGAGACAAGUACUUGACCUUAGAGAGAUGGUGUGUUCAUUGCAGUCGGAAGUGAAAGGUGCAAGAGUAGAAUGUGAAGAACUUGUGUCCUCGGAGGUUGCAAAGCACAAGGAGGUAAUGAGAAUGAUGGAACAGCAGCAUAAUACUGAAGUGCAGAGGAUCAAAAAUGAAUAUCAUCAGGUUGAGACUGAGAUGCGUGAUAAGUUAUCAAAUAUGGAAGCGCGGAGGAGUGAGACAGAGGUAGAGAUCACCAGCCUCAGGGUCCAAGUCACAACAGAAAGAACAACAGCUCAGUCUCAGCAAACAUCCCUCAGACAGCAGUUGAAAGCAGAACACGCAGCAAUUGUGCAUGGGCUAGAGGAGCGACUACGAUCCAUGGAAGAGAGUCGCAAUGAUGCGGAGGAACGAAUGCGAAGUCAGAUUGCGACUUGUUCGUCACUCACAGCCACUAAUGCCAAAUUGAAUACACAGUUACAUGCACUGAGGAACCAACUCACACAAGUGGAGGCA